AUGCCGUGGGCAAGCAUCAACAGAAUUUACGCGAAACCAUCGAACACCAGCUCAAUGGAAGCACCACCCACAAGCAGCAGCCUCAAGGCUGGUCCAGCUUUGACGGCCUCUGCUGAUUCAGGUGGUCGUUUUGAAUUGAGUGACCACGGCUACGGCAAAAGUGCUGUCAAACUACUUCAUGUACAACGAGAUGCUGAUUACCAUUCCAUCAGAGAAUACGAAGUGUUCACGGAAUUAAAACUGCACUCCGAAACUGCAUAUGUUGUGGGAGACAACAAGGACGUGGUGGCUACAGAUUCGCAGAAGAACACUGUGUAUCUGUUGGCGAAGAAGCACGGAGUGAAGACUCCAGAAGAAUUUGGUGCGGUGGUAGUGAGCCACUUCUUGUACAUGUACAAGCAAGUGGUGGAGGCUAGAUGUAAGGUAGUAGAGUACCCUUGGGAGCGUCUUCACGCGGAGGCGCCUCAUAACCAUGCGUUCGUGUUCUCACCGACUGCGACCAGGUGGUGUCAAGUGAGCCAAGCUCGUCACGAGGCAGUGACUGUGAAAUCCGGUUUAAGUGGUCUCCGUGUACUUAAAACAACACAGUCAGCAUUCGUAGACUUCGUUCAGGACGAAUACACCACAUUAACAGAUGCCGCUGAAAGAAUAUUCAGUACUGUGGUGGAAGCUGAAUGGAUCUACGACAAUAUGCGUACGGCUGACUUCGACAACGCCUGGCUAACAGUCAAGGACGCCAUUUUGGACAAAUUCGCGGGUCCCGCAGACAUUGGCGUGUACUCGCCAUCAGUUCAACACACCCUCUACCAAGCUGAGAAGACUGUAUUAGAAAAAGUUCCAGAGGUCAAUUGGAUCAAAAUGACAAUGCCGAACAAGCACUACCUCAAUAUCGAUAUGUCAAAAUUCCCUGCAAAUGUGACGAAAGGAGACCCUAAUCAUAAUAUCUAUCAACCUAUUGACAAGCCAGCCGGCCUCAUCUACGCGCAGCUACGUCGCAAGCCUAAGAGUCACUUGUGA